AAAGGUGGUGCAGAAAGCGACUAAGGGAAAUGUUAUGAAAUGAGUAAAAUACAUUAAUCCUGUUAAUAUGUAACUUAAAAUUCAACCAUUUCCAUUGCUUUAAUAGUUUGAGAUAUAUCAACAACAAAACACUUAAUUAAACCCUUUCAGGUUUCUAAAUGUAUCUCCUGUUAUCACUAGAUGUGUCUUCUCUUUACGUUAUUCUCAUUUCCAUAGUAUCCGUUUAUUCUUUGUAAAGAAUUAUAGAAAAAAUAUAAAAGUUGAUUUAUAUAUUUGGCAAGACUGACUACAUAGUAAAACACGUUAUGGGCUCAUUUUUUUAAGUUAUUUUAUGCAAUAAAAUAAUUAUGUAUUUUUGUAGGCCAAUCCCGGAAGUUAUCGCGACAUUCAGAGUUUCUCCACAAAGCCAACGGGAUUUUGUUUUAUUUUCUAAAGAUUGCUCAAAAAUAAGCUUUGUGGCGCAAACACACGUUUCUGAUACUUACACGAUUAGUUCAAGCGAAUCUUCACACAUGACCUCUACUGUGUCUGUGUUUUAAGUGUGAAUGUAACCUGUAGCUCGGAGGUUGGGACCGUGAUGACGUAUUGUAGUCAUUUAGUAACGUCUUACCAACUGCCUUUUUAGACACGUUACAAGUCUCUUAACUCCCGACAGGAGUAUGUACGGUUGUUUUCAUGAUCUAUAACAAAACGUAGAUAUGCCUCACAUUUAUUAUUUUUAUUUUACCACUGAAUCUCACCAACAACUUGACGGGGGAACCGGAAGUGCCAAAUGUUCACCUAUUUCCGGUUUAUGUUUAGACUCGGAAAAAAAUAAUGUUUAUCCGCAAUGGGGGGGAAAACAAUUCCAACGUCGUCCUUUUAGAUUAAUAUAGUGUUUUAUUUUCUAAAUUGUCUUGUGAGAAAUGCAUUAAAUGUGUGUAAAUCAUGUCGUUAAUAAUGUAUUAAUAAUAUAAAAUAAAAAAUGUCAGGAUGGUUCCAUCAGUGUCCUGAAUGUAGUAUAUUUGCUAAAGGUUAAACCGGAAAGACGUUAGUCGCUAUUUGUUUUAGCGCACACUUUCUCCGCCGGGUUUCGGUUUCGGCGUCAUGGUCUCUCUCCAUUGGUCACUGCUCCAAAACUUCCUGGAGGACUCGACGCCUCAAACACUCGCCUCCCAGUGCGUCUCGUCCGCAUCUCUUUGCGUCGGCUGCUGUCCAGAACCAAUGACGCGGUUAUCGCCACUUUGAUAUGCGGUUUUCUGAGCUGUGUGUGUGUGUGUGACUUUCUAACCCGGGAUGGCCACCGCGUCACAGGCGUCGUUUCAGAUGCGAUCGGCGGAUCUCAUUAAGAAAGAGGCUCUGGACUCCGGGGGCUUUGGAGAAGUGUACCUGUGCUACCACGUGACCCUCGGCCAGGUGGUGAUGAAGACCAUGUACACAGGACCGAUUAUCACCGUCUCAGGUCCAAACACGUCCUACUUGAGUCCAUCUGAAAUGCGGAUGAAGAGUCAAAGGUCACUGCUGGAUGAGGGGAAGAUCAUGGCGAGCCUGAGCCAUGAGCGGGUGGUGAAGUUGCUGGGUGUGAUCAUUGAAGAUAGAGACUGCUCGCUAGUGAUGGAGCUCAUCCCCAGAGGCAACCUGGCGGUCAUGCUAGAGACGGUCCCGGUGCCGAUAUCCAUCAAGGGCAGAAUCAUCCUAGAGAUUCUGGAAGGGAUGGUGUACCUCACGGAGAGACGGGUCAUACACAAGGACAUCAAGCCAGGGAACAUUUUAGUGGACAAGGAUUUCCACAUCAAGAUCGCAGACCUCGGCCUGGCCACCUGCUUGACGUGGAGCAAGCUCACGAGGGAGGAGUCUCGCAGGAGGAGUUGCAUGGGGCGAUCGGCGGAGGCGAGGGGGGCCGGCACGCUGAGCUACAUGGCCCCCGAGCACUUGAAGAGCGUCCACACGGCCUCCACCGAGAAGUCUGAUGUCUACAGCUUCGCCAUCGUGGUUUGGGUCGUCCUCGCCGGGAUAGAGCCGUACGCGAACGCUCGGAGUGAAGAGCAGCUCAGCCAGUGUAUCCGACACGGGGACCGGCCGGCGGAGAGCCUCCUUCCAGAGGAGGCGCCGGUGGAGAUGACUCAGCUCAUGACGAGGUGCUGGGACCACAGCCCGCUGCAGCGGCCCACCUUUCAAGAGGGCUACAACUUCUUCCUCCCCUUCUACACGGAAAAGCUUGAACCCCACGUGGAGGAAGAUUUACUAGAUUUGAGGGAAUCAUAUGAAGGCCCAGAGGAGCUUGUUGAGAAGAUGAAAUCUCUCUCAAUGGAUUAUCAGUCGGCAGACUGCCCGGCUCCUCUGGUGAGUUCAGACCGAAGUGGACCCGGACCGGUCGAAACCAGUAUCGAGGACAUGCACGACAUCCAAAACGAGCCCUCCUUGGGGUCCGUUCAGGCGGACGCAAAGACGACCCCGUCGGCUCUGGAGGUGAAACUGGGUCGGGAGCUUCAGUACCACAAACACGGGAGCUACCACAGCGAGAGCCGGCCGGACGACGCCCACUGCCUCCGCCACAGCAGCUCAAACCCUUUCCUGCAGAACCACGUCGGCCCUUCGGAUCACGGCAUCAGGCAGCCGGAACCGGACAGAACCUCCUUCGCGUCCUCGGUCCACUCCUGGACGAAAGCUGAGCCGGUGCAGCCCACCAGCCAGGAGGAGGGUUGUUACCGCCCCACCGCGAGUCUCUACGAGUCCAUGAACUCCGCCGCGUCGACUCCGUCCCACUAUCCUUCUCUGUCGCCGGCGAACCAGCAGCACCCGCUCUCCCACUACGACCGCCAGCAAUCCUGGCCCGUUUACCCAGUGUCCGAUACGGCUGCUCCUGGGCUUCCGCUGACCCCUUGCAAACAACAACAACAACAACAAGAUUCAGCGUCGCUUUUCAUCAACAAUGCCAGCGGCAUCCAGAUUGGGAGCAACAACACGAUGAACAUCAGCGGCUACGAGUCCACGGCGAGUUUGAUGUCUCUGCCCGGCAGCGCCUCGGCGACCUCGCCCAUCAAAGAGGGGAUUCUGAAAUAUGAGGACCGCGCUGUGAGCGAGGAGCACCUGGACCUGCUGAGGGACAACAUCGGGGCCACGUGGAAGCGCUGUGCGCGGCGCCUGGGUCUGACCGACGUGGAAAUCGAGACCAUUGAGCACGACUGCGACCGCUACGGCCUGCCGGAGAUGGUGCACCAGAUGCUGGAGCGGUGGAAAAUGAAGGAGGGAAGCAUCGGCUACACAGUCGGGAAGCUGUGCCACGCUCUGGAGGGCCUCAUCAAGGUGGACGUCAUCCAGAAGAUCCUGGACACCUGCGGUUCUGCCUCCUAAGGUCUGCUGGGACUCACUCAUCACACACAAUGGUCACAUGACAUUUAUUGUGAAAUGAGUUACCAAUGACGACCGAACGCUCCUUCACGGUGGAGACGAACGUCACGGUUCAGGUUCUUCUCAUCGGGGGAUUUUAAAAUCAUUUUUUAAAUUUUUUUGAAAGAACUAUUAAGUAAUUACUGCCACGCCUUUCUUAUUCACGUGGCAGGUGAAAUGUUGUAGUCAAUGCAAGAAAUAAUUCCAACGUCAUACUUUCUAGAGAAACAUUGGCAAGUAUGUUCUUCAUGAACUGUUCCCUGCGCUCGCUCCGUGGCGAACGGACUCAUCGGGGGGUAAUAAUCAAACGCUGUGUGGUGAACUUUUAUUCCAGCCCAACACAAACGUAAAGACUCACACAAUGAUUAUUAUUAUUAUUAUUACAAUCACAGAAGAUGGAAACACAAGGAGUCAUUUAUUCCAUGAACACACAUGUGUUACUGUCUACAUCCAGGAGGGGUCAGUAGACAAAAUAUUCACAAAUCAAUCGAAGUCUGUUUUCUUUAAUCUGGGACCUGCUUUAGAGGAUGUGCUCCCAUUUCUCCCAAAUUACAGUAAAGGUGCAUGAAUUACUAAUGAGCUCCUGGCAUGAGUCUAUGUGUGUGUGAAGUCAUAUUGUCUGUGAACUGUCGCUGUGCUGAACUUCCACUGUGUUGGAUUACAGGAUGCUUUCCUCUCGCCGCCCUCAGAUUAGAUCUGUCUCUGAGGUGUGUUCAUGUCUUGUUUAAUUACACGUUGUCUUUGUAUUUUGGGUCUUACGGUUGCCAUGGAGGCCUCCCGACACGGCGGCUCUCCCCAAAUCUGUGUGAAAGACAUUUUGAUAUACUGAAUAAACUGGGUACAUACGUUUCUACAA